ACCAUGCUUUCCUCUCCUAAUGGUUUCUUGUCCUUGCGUUUCCAAUAGCCUCCCUCUCUCACAGGGUCCUUCACCUUUCUUGGGGGACCCUGCACUUCUCGCUUCCUCUCUCCCUCCUCUUUGCUCUCUCUUCAUCUUUUCCUUCCUCUAAAAUCUCAUCCACUGCCAACCCUUUUAUUCAUUCUCGGGUUUUUGGCGCUUGUUUGUUUGCAUGGUCAGGUUUUGGGGAUUCUACACGUUCAGGGAGCUUGAAUAGGCACAAGUUUACGUGAAAUUGUAUCUGGGUUUUGUUGGUUUGAGAUUAUUCAUCGAGAGACAUGAGUUGCUUCCCUUGUUUCACGUCCAAGGUUAAGAAAACAAAUAGCAAGGACGCCAAUUCUAGAUCUUCUAGUGAAUCACCUCCUCAUGAGGCCAGGAACAGAAAUGAAACUCCAAAUGCCGACGGUGGACCUAAUAUUAAUGUAAAAGCUUUCACUUUCUGGGAACUGGCCUCUGCAACGAAGAAUUUCCGUCAAGAAUGUCUACUGGGGGAAGGUGCAUUCGGAAGAGUGUAUAAGGGACAACUUGAGAAUAGUGGGCAGGAUGUUGCUGUGAAGCAACUAGACAGGAAUGGAUUGCAUGGAAACAAGGAGUUCCUUCAGGAGGUUUCGAUGCUGAGUCUCCUGGACCAUGAAAAUCUGGUCAAUCUAGUUGGAUACUGCGCUGAUGGUGAGCAGAGGCUUUUGGUGUGUGAAUACAUGUCAUUGGGUUCUCUGGUUGAUCAUCUGUUUGAGAUGAAACCAGACCAAGAACCACUAAGCUGGCCUACAAGAAUGAAUUUAGCUCUAGGGGCUGCCAGAGGUGUCGAGUAUUUGCACGAAAAGGCUAAUCCCCCGGUUCUAUACCGAGAUUUAAAGUCCUCAAACAUCUUGCUGUGUGGAGAUUUCCAUCCAAAACUCUCCACUUUCGGGCUGGGCAAGGCCAAGUCUGUUGGCGAUAAGAUGCAAGUGUCUCGGGUGAUGGGGACUUAUGGCUACUGUGCUCCUGAGUAUUCAAGAGACAGUCAGUUUACUUUGAAGUCAGAUAUAUACAGCUUCGGAGUCGUUCUACUAGAGCUCAUCACCGGUCGAAAAGCCAUCGACACGACUAGGCCAAUGGAUGAGCAAAAUCUCGUUUCUUGGGCACAACCCAAGUUCAGGGACCCCAAAAAGUUCCCAGAGAUGGCGGAUCCCCUUCUCAAGAGGCGGUUUCCGGAGAAGAGCCUGAAUCAAGCGGUGGCAAUAGCAGCAAUGUGUCUUCAAGAGGAGGCAUCAGUGCGCCCCUUGAUCAGCGACGUUGUAACAACCCUUAGCUUCCUUGUAGCGUCUAAAGAGGAAAACAUGUGUGACACCACCCCUCUUCCAAGUCUUCCUCCGGCCGAUAGUGGCCAUGAAAAGGGCGGAGACAGCUCAGAACACACCUCUGAUCAUGAGGAUGAAGGCAGCGAUUGCAGCAAGAGCGGGUCACAGGAGGGGAGUGAAGAGGAGAGCGAAGAGGAACACCAGCACGAUCAUAACAGGCCGUCCCGGGAUGGAAGUGAGCAGUGUGACCACGACAGUGGAGAUGAGUGUCACAGCGCUGUGACGGGAGCCGACGAAUGGGGCUCAAAUUCAAGCCAUAACAGCAACAGCUUAUGAUCACAUACUGCCAUGAAAAUUUUUCCAUAUUUAAA